AAACAUACACAAUGAAGCCUAUUGCCUUCUCACUUUUUUCCCUCUUCAUUUUCCUUUCGAUUACUUUGUUUCUGAUUGUUGCUUCUGAUUCUACAGAGGAAGCACAAGCUCUUCUUAGAUGGAAAGCCAGUUUUCAAAAUCAAACUCAGCCUCUCUUGUCUUCAUGGUCCAUUCUCAAUUCAACCAAAGUGAGUCAUUGUACUUGGUUCGGUGUCUCUUGCAACAAUGCUGGAAGUAUCACCGUCAUUAACCUUACCAGUUGUGGCAUACUUGGACUCAUCUAAUUGGUCAAAACUAGCUGGAACAUAUGGAUACAUCGCACCAGAGCUUGCUUAUACAAUGAAGAUGACUGAAAAAUGUGACGUAUAUAGCCUUGGAGUGUUGACACUAGAAGUUCUCAAAGGGAGUCAUCCAAGCGAUAUCAUGUCAAGUGCAUCAUCUUCAUCUUCUGCCACUCUACAAGUUAAACUUAAUAAUUUGUUAGACCAACGCCUUUCACCUCCACGGUACAAGGUUCUUGAUAAACUGAACCGCAUCUUAGAGGUGGCAAUUUCAUGCAUAGAUGUGAAUCCACAAUGUAGGCCGGCAAUGCAACUCGUUUCUAAGUUACUAUCCAACUGAAUAUUUGAAGGUGAUCAUGGCUUGUGAAAGGUUUGUCUUUUGAAAAUAGUACUAAAGUCUUGUGCAGUUUAAGGAAGCAAAUUAUGAGAUAACAUGUAAUAAUAUCUGCAUCUCCAAAUUAUUGAUGCUGGGACUAUAAUAGUGUAUGAUCAAUGAGUAAUGAGUGAAUAAAUUUGUAAUUUGACAUGGGAUCUAUAAAUAAAAACAAAAUAAUUGUAACUCCA